AUGUUCAAAGUGAGACCCUUGUGCAAUUUGAUUCAGCGAAACUUUUGUCAGUGGGGAGUUUUACACGAAAAUUUAUCUGUGGACGAGUCUUUGAUAAAAUAUUUCGGUUGUCAUCCAGCUAAAAAAUUUCUUAGAGGAGAACCCGUACGGUUCGGAUACAAAAACUGGGUCGCAACUAGUUCACACGGUUACUGCAAUACUUUUGAUAUUUACUGUGGCAAAUCUGCAAACGCUUCGUCAGAUAGUCCAAAGGUAAAAUUUUACUCGCCCAUAUGUAAAGAACAUAUCGUGUAUUUUGAUAACUUUUUCACGAAUUACCAACUACCGCAUGAUUUGCGUCUUCAAGAAACUAGAGCGACUGGUACAAUUCGUGAUAAUAGAACAAAAAAACUUCUUUCUGUAAAAGAAAUGAAAAAGCGACCUAGAGCAGAAUAUGACUAUCGCUUUGAUACAAAAAAUGAAAUUGCGGUUGUACGCUGGAAAGACAACAACGUUGUCACUAUGGGUACCAAUUUUGACAAAAUUGAACCUGUAGGAAAAGUAAGGAGGUGGUGCAGUACGAGAAGACAAAAAGUAAAUGUGAAUAUACCAGGACUAUUCGUGAAUUACAACAAAGGAAUGGGUGGUGUAGAUCAGAUGGACCAUAUUCCAUAA